AUGGACCCUCCUCCCAAGGACGCUGCACCUUCCGACGAGAGACAUCUGGAUAUUGAUGACGCCUCAGAAGGAGGAAAGACACUGGACGAGGAGAACAUCAGAGAGUGCUUGCAAGAUGCAGAGGAGCUGAAGCAGGAAGGCAACGAGUACUUCCGCGCAAAGAGCUGGAACGAGGCAUUGACCGCCUACAGACGUGGGUUAGGUCGGCUGCCGAAAAGGAAGGUCUCAAAGGGAAAGGAAAAGGCAGUGAUUGAGCGCGAUGAAGAUCUCGAGGCACCACAACAGGAGCCCACAGACAAGGACAAGGAUCCGGAGGGGAUCACCGACGCAACUCCUCCAUUAGAUAUCGAUUGCGCCAAGGCAAGAGCAAUUUUGAACGCGAAUAUCGGGGCUUGCUAUGUCAAGAUGGGAGAGCACGAACAAGCCGUCAGAGCCUGUGCUGAUGCAUUGUUGGAUGAUCCACAGUAUAUCAAAGCUCUGCAACGACGAGCCCAAAGUAAUGAAAUGAUUGGAUCCUGGUCGUCAUUAUCCAGUGCUCAAGAAGACUACAAUACCCUGUUAACCUUGCUUGCCCCAUCUUCGUCGCAAGCUGAAGAAGUCCAACGAGCACUGCAAAUCCUCAAACCAAGAGUUGAGGAAGCGCAGAAGCGAGAGAUGGGAGAAAUGGUGGAUAAGCUGAAAGGUCUCGGAAAUAAAAUUCUAGGUAACUUCGGGUUGUCAACGGACAAUUUCAAGUUUGAACCUAACGGGCAAGGAGGAUAUUCUAUGAAUUUUGCUCGAUGA